UUUUUAUGGCUAUUCAUCAGAGGCUCUAGAUAUUUUUAGUUCCAACGAGAAAGCAGCACGUAACGUUUUUCCAUCUGCGAUUCAGAUCUCUGAAAGACUUCAGAGCUAAAGGAAGAGCAGGAAGAGACAGGCAGUGGUGGAAGUCCUCCCUCUCAGUAGUGGAAGUCCUCCUUCUCAGUGGAGAAGAAAAGCAGUCAAAGAAUCCCAGUGGACAUGGAAUCAGAAGUCCCUUUGUGCCUCAUUGAGAAUGUGAAAGGACAACUGAGAGCCAAUCAGAAGGCCCUGGAGGUCCUGUCAGCCAUUACACAGCCUGUAGUGGUGGUGGCCAUUGUGGGCCUCUACCGCACAGGCAAAUCCUACCUGAUGAAUAAGCUGGCUGGGAAGAAAACAGGCUUCUCCCUCGGCUCCACUGUGCAGUCUCACACCAAGGGCAUCUGGAUGUGCUGUGUGCCUCAUCCCCAGAAGCCUGACCACACCCUAGUUCUGCUUGACACGGAGGGCCUGGGGGAUGUGGAGAAAGGUGACAACCAGAAUGACUGCUGGAUCUUUGCCCUGGCUGUCCUUCUAAGCAGCACUUUUGUCUACAACAGCAUGGGAGUGAUCAACCAGCAGGCCAUGGACCAGCUGCACUAUGUGACAGAGCUCACAGAUCGGAUCCGAGCAAGAUCCUCAUCUGAACUGCAUGAUGGGGUGGAAGACUCAGCUGAGUUUAUGAGCUUCUUCCCUGACUUUGUGUGGACUCUGAGGGAUGUGAUCCUAAGACUUGAAGCAGAUGGACGAAGCCUCACUGCAGAUGAGUACCUGGAGUAUUCCCUGAAGCUCAAGAAAGGUAUCAGUGAAGAAGAUAAAAAGUACAACCUGCCCCGAGUCUGUAUUCGAAAGUUCUUCCCCAAGAAGAAAUGCUUUGUCUUCUAUCCACCUGCUGAAUGGAAAAAGCUCUGUUACCUGGAGAGUUUGCAUGAGGAUGAAUUGGAUUCUGACUUUGUGAGACAGGCGUCAGACUUCUGUUCCUUCAUCUUCAUCUUUUCUAAGACUAAAACUCUGCCAGGAGGCAUUGAGGUCAAUGGAACUCGACUGGGAAUUCUAGUGCAGACCUACUUGGAUGCCAUCAGUAGUGGGACUGUUCCUUGUCUGGAGAAUGCAGUGACAACCCUGGCCCAGCUUAUGAACUCAGCAGCUGUGCAGAAGGCAGCUGAGCACUACAGUGAGCAGAUGGCCCAGCGAGUGAGACUCCCCACAGACACGCUCCAGGAGCUGCUGGAUGUGCAUGCAGCCUGUGAGAAGGAAGCCAUUGCUGUCUUCAUGGAGCACUCCUUCAAGGAUGACCAGCUGGAGUUCCAGAAGCAGCUUCUGGUCACCAUAGAGGAAAAGAAGGAAACUUUCAUUGAACAGAAUGAAGCAACAUCUCUCAGUCACUGCCAAGCUGAGCUGGACAAGCUCUCAGAGUCCCUAAGGGAGAACCUUUUACAUGGAGUUUUCUCUGUUCCUGGGGGCCACAGUCUCUACCUAGAGGCCAGGGAGAAGAUUCGGAAGAACUAUGAGCAAGUGCCCAGGAAGGGUCUGAAGGCAAGUGAGGUCUUCCAGAACUUCCUGAAGUCACAGAUCUCUGUGGAGGAGUCCAUCUUGCAGUCAGAUAAAGCCCUCACUGAAAGUCAGAAAGCCAUGGCAGCUGAACUGGCGAAGAAGGAGGCAGCUGAGAAGGAGCUGGAGUUAAUGAUGCAGCAGCAAAAGGAGACUGAGGAAAAGAUGGAGGCUCUAAAGAGAAGUGUCUCAGAAUCCAUGGCCCAGAUGCAGGAGAAAAUACUGAUGGAAAGGGAGAACCAUCUGAGAGAGCAGGAGAGGGUUCUGGACCUCAAGAUGAAGGCACUAGAAAAACUAGCUCAUGAAGGACUUGAGGAGCAGUGUGGUGACUUGAAAAAUGAAAUAAAACGACGAGAAAAAAAUAUUCAAACCAUGAAAGAGAACUCCACUUUGAAGUGCCUUGAUGGAACUCUAGAUUUUUUCCGUGAACUACUACUGAACGUACUCAGCUCAGAGAUUAAAAGGACACUGAGGAAAAUGUGAUGUAAUCCAGUUAGCAGCACUCCUCCAUGGCCUCUGCAUCAGUUCCUGAGUCCAGAUUCCUGCCCUCAGUUUCUUUCCUGACAUUCCUUAUUAAUGGAGUGUGGCCUGAGGUUUGCAACAUGAAAUAAACCAUUUCCUCCUCACUUA